UGUCCUGGUGCCCCGGGCCGAGCCCAGCCGCGUGUCGGGGCCUGAGUGACGGCGACAGGAGGCGGUGGCACCCGGUGCUGGUCCCGGUCCCAGCCCCAGCCCCGCCGCAGGCCGCGCUGCGCCCCGGGUCUGCCAUGCUCGCCCUUCCCCUCCUCGUCCUCCUGGCCUCCGCCAGGGGAGGCCCAGCGGCCGGCCUGGCCCUCACAGCCCGCACGCUCUUCCCGUGCUACUCUGCUGACCUCAAGCCGGCGUCCGAGGUCCUCGUCUCAGCCAGCGGCUGCACCGUGCUCUUCAGCGUCGAGCCGCCGGCAGCCGGCACAACGGCGUCCUGGGAGUACGAAUCCGGCCCGCGCAAGGCGGUCAUCGCCACGUACGUUCCCAACAAGUCGGCCGAGAUCUCCGGCAUCUACGAGGGCCGCGUGAGCUUCAACGAGAUGGACUUCUCGCUGCAGAUGGUGCUGCGGUGGUGGGACGGGGGGCUCUACCGCUUCCGCUCCGAGUCGGAGGCCACGGGCUGGUUCGAGCUGCGCGUGGUCGAGCCGCUCUCCGAGCCAGAAAUCCUGGGCAACUCAUUGGUGGAGGUGGGAGGCGACACCAAGCUUUUCUGCAACGUGCUGGAGGGGCAGGUGGACUUGUACUGGUGGAAGAGGAACGGGGAGCUGCUGAUGGAGAGCAAUGGCCUCCACUUCGUCCACAACAACACGCUGGAGAUCCACCGAGCCUUGAUGAACGACACCGGCUACUACACGUGCAUAGUCAGCAACGCGGUCAGCCAGAACGAAACCUCCUUCCUGCUGCGCGUCCACAGCAACGACAAGGCGUUUUUACCCAUCAUCCUGGUGUUCGUUAGCAUCGGCUUGCUGGCAGGGAUCUUUGUCUGGUGCAGGUUGAGGAGCAGCCGAGACGAUCGCUCUAGGUAAUUUCUGAGAAUUUAGCACUGGAAAAGCCAGAGGUUUCAUUGUCCUCAGCAUUAUCCCUAUGGAGAUACUCUCUCUCGAGAGCGGAAGUGCAUCCAGGAGAGGGUAAAAUCAUGUCCCAUGGUGGGAGUGAUUGCUAUGCUUGCAAGUGUUCAGGGAAGCCAAAUGUUACAGAAAAAAAUAUAUUUUCGAACUGUUUUGAGUGUUGUCCAUAAAUCAUUCGGGGAAAGUGUAUUUUUUCAUGUCUCGUGCUACAAAUAAAAGCGUAGAUGUUAUCCCUGUUA